AGAGAGAAAGGAAGGCGCGGGGAGGGGAAAUGAGAAGAAACGGGCUUCAGUGCGCAUGUGUGCGGCUGUGCCUUGGAUCUUCGGGUAAAGAUGGCGGAGCGUGGUUACAGCUUUUCGCUGACUACAUUCAGCCCAUCUGGUAAACUUGUACAGAUUGAAUAUGCUUUGGCUGCUGUAGCUGGAGGAGCCCCUUCAGUGGGAAUUAAAGCUGCAAAUGGUGUGGUCUUAGCAACUGAGAAGAAACAGAAAUCCAUCCUGUAUGACGAGCGAAGUGUCCACAAAGUGGAGCCCAUCACCAAGCACAUAGGUUUGGUGUAUAGCGGCAUGGGCCCAGACUACAGAGUGCUUGUGCACAGGGCUCGAAAACUAGCUCAGCAAUACUAUCUCGUUUACCAAGAACCCAUUCCCACAGCUCAGCUGGUACAGAGAGUAGCUUCCGUGAUGCAAGAAUACACCCAGUCAGGUGGUGUUCGUCCAUUUGGAGUGUCUUUGCUUAUUUGUGGUUGGAAUGAGGGACGACCGUAUUUAUUUCAGUCAGAUCCAUCUGGAGCCUACUUUGCUUGGAAAGCCACUGCAAUGGGAAAGAACUAUGUGAAUGGGAAAACGUUCCUUGAGAAAAGAUACAAUGAAGAUCUGGAACUUGAAGAUGCCAUUCACACAGCCAUAUUAACCCUAAAGGAGAGCUUUGAAGGGCAAAUGACAGAAGAUAACAUAGAAGUUGGCAUCUGCAAUGAAGCCGGAUUUAGGAGGCUUACUCCCACCGAAGUUAAGGAUUACCUGGCUGCCAUUGCAUAAUAACGAAGUGACUGAAAAUCCUGAAUUUCAGAUCUCUCUCUACUUAAACAUGUUUAAAGUAUGUUUUGUUUUGCAGACUUUUUGCAUACUUAUUUCUACAUGGUUUAAUGGACUGAUGUUUUUAAAAUGAGACUUAUAAAUCAUAAUAAACUGUUAAAUUCAACUUCCA